AUGAAUCGCUUGACGAGCUCCACUUUCCUGAAGAUGAGCGAUGCCCUGAUGUCCACCCGAAGGACCAAGUCCAAGAAGGGCAACCAGAAGGACUGUUGCCAGGACUCCAACCAGAAGAAGUCCUGCUGCCCGAAGCAGAAGGACAGUUGCCCAAAGCAAGAUUGUUGCCCCAAACAGGAUUGUUGUCCGAAGCAAGAUUGCUGCCAGGAUCAGUGCAAGAAGGAUUCCUGCCAGAAUGACUGCUGCGAGGAUUCCUGUCAAAAGCAGAAUUGCUGCGAUCAGGAUCCGUGCAACAAAAAAGGAGGCAAGGGCGGCAAGGGCGGCAAGAAGGGCUGGUUUGGAUAG